AUGGAUGACCACAACCUUGAAGGAGCUCGUCAGAUUCUUGUGAAUGAAAUGAUAAAGACAAAGCCAAAUGGAUCCCUUGUUAAGAAACAGAUGGACAUGACGUUUGCUCUUCGCAGAAAAGAAGUUGUCAAAGACAAGCCUGACAUCAGCCAGAUGGGUAAUUACGAGUUCAACAGAUUGGUGGGGAUAACUCUCAGAGGGAACUUCUUUGAUGCACUUGACCAUUUCUCUCCAAGCCAGAUGGACCUCUUCAGGAAGAAAAAAGGUAUUUUUUGUCAGACAAAGGAGUCUGCCCUCAAGGCGUCUUACUCUGUGGCACUGGAGCUUGCUAAAGCCAAGAAGCCCUUGUCAGAUGGUGAAAUGGUGAAGAGGUGUGCAAUGGAAAUGGCCAAAUCAUUUGGAGACGAGGAUAUGGCUAAAAACUUUGAAACUGUCUCCUUGUCCCGUCGCACAGUGACACGCAGAAUUUUUGACAUCCAUAAUCACGUCGAUGGCAAAUUGAAACAAGUCAUGCACAACUGCAAAUACUUCUCAUUAGCGUUGGAUGAGAGCACAGAUGUGACGGAUAUUAGCCAGCUACUGAUUUUCACUAGAACGAUUGACAGUUCAUUUGUUGUACACGAAGAACUUUUAAAAUUGGUGUCGUUGCACAACACUACUAAAGGGACGGAUAUUUUCAACGCCGUUAACUGUGUUGUGAAUGAGUAUGGUGGCUUUGACAAGCUGUCAGCCGUCGUUACUGAUGGCGCACCUGCGAUGCAAGGAAAACACAAUGGUUUCGCCGGGCUCCUCCAACAGAGCGGGGUGGACUGUCCUAUACUGCACUGCAUCAUCCAUCAGGAGGCUCUCUGUGCCAAGACACUUAACUUCAGUCACGUUAUGGAUCUGGUGACUAAAGUUACAAAUCUCAUACGAGGAGGGAAUAGGUCUUUCAGUCACAGGAGGUUUGUAGCUUUUUUGGAUGAAGUGAGCGCGGCGUAUGGGGAUUUACAAAUGCACACCGAGAUUAGAUGGAUGAGCCGAGGAAAGUGUCUGGAGCGGUUUUUUGCGUUGCGCACCGAAAUUCCUGUGUUUUUGGAGUACAGUGUUCGAGGCGAUACAAGUGCCUACACCCGAAAACUCAGAGACACAGAGUUUCUUUGCGAUAUGGCCUUUCUUACGGACGUUACCUCACACCUCAAUCACCUGAACACACAGUUACAGGGGCGAGGCCAAACUGUAUCCGACCUUUACGCACACAUGAAUGCAUUUCGGAGUAAAUUAGAGCUUUUCAAAGAAGAAUUUUCAUCCAAUCGUCAACAUUUUGCACACUUUCCCGCUUGUGAAGAGAUGUGGAGAGAUGUCCCUGAAUGCGAUAACAUUUUUCACAAAUACAGAGCCGACAUCGAAACACUGCAGCAGCAGUUUAAGUGCCGCUUCCAUGAUUUCCACGCCAUGCAGCCACGAAUAGCGUUAUUCACUGACCCCCUCUCUGCUCCUGUCAGCGAGCAACCCUCCGAGUUGCAGCUUGAACUCUGCGAAAUUCAGUCAGACCCGUUUUUUCAAGCAAAGCGCAGUGAGAGGGGAGUUUCAUUUUGGAGGAUACUACCAGAGUCCCGCUUUCCACUUCUCAGGGAUUUUGCACUGUCAAUGGCCAGCAUGUUUGGGAGCACGUACAUUUGCGAGAGCAGCUUCUCCACAAUGAAACAUAUAAAGUUGAAAGAGAGAAACAGGAUCAGCGAUGACGUUCUGUUUCAGCUCAUGAGGAUUGGCUGCACUAACAUUGACAUUGACAUCCAGUCUAUUGUACGCCAGCAGGAGAAACCACAAGUAUCUCAUUAA